AUGGCCACGCUCUUCGGCAGUCUCCCGUCGGCGGCGGCGCGCAAUCAAGGCCGCAGCACAGCGCUCGUGGCGUCGAAUAGGAGCGGAAGCGAUCGAGAGCUCAAGUGGGUGUACGAUGACGAGACCAGCAACUGCAUGCACUGCAACACGCCCUUUACAGUGAUCACGCGCAAGCAUCACUGUCGACGCUGUGGCAACGUCGUGUGCCACAACUGCUCUCCUCACAAGCGUCGCAUCUCGUCCACGGACCCAUUUCCCAUGCGAGUCUGCAACACGUGCUAUGCUGCAGUGGACGAGCACUUUGCAUCGCUGGAAUGGUCGGGCCACUCGUCAGCAGAGAUCCAGAGCAAACCGGACCCGGCGAUUGAAGGACGUGUGCACAUUGGACAGCUGUAUGUAAAGGUGGUCGAGGCGAUCGGACUGCCAUCGACGGACUCGAUCACGAGCGACCCUUUCGUGCGCGUGAUGCUGACGGGCAAAUGGUCGCACGGCCAACAGUGGGGAAACGAUCUGAAAAGCAUCAAAUGCACGAAGAAGAAAUCACGCACGCUGAAUCCGCGGUGGCAUGAAACCUUUGUGUUCAAUGUGUGCGCACCUGGAGCUGAGCUCGUGCUUGAGGUGUACAACCAUGGCCAGCUGAGUCAACCUACAAAGCUUGGUGAGACGUCCAUCCCGCUUUCGCAGAUUAUGGACCAGCGACGACAUAACAAGUGGCUGGAUCUGUUGCUGCCAGAAAAGCUGCACCGCGCAGGACUCAACAAUGACGCGCGAGCAGGGCGCAUCCACGUCCUGUUGCACUACAAGUUCUCGCAAAUGGCCGAGCUGUGUAGCUACUUUUCGUCCGAGCAGGACUACGUCCACGAGUGGCCGGAAUUCCAAGCAGCGCAGUUGUACAGCAAUUUCUGGGUGCUGCUCGACAAUUUGUGGCCGUAUCUAGAGGUUGCAUGGCAAAUUCUGCCAACACUCAACUGGGAACAUCCGACGCACUCCUUCAUGUGCUUCGCAUUGUGCGUAUGGCUGUGCCUUUCGUUGCAGUGGCUGCCGGUGGUCAUCCAUCUUGCUCUCAUUGUCUUCGUGCUCCGCAACUAUUUCGAGUUGAACUUCAACUCGUUCACUGGUAAAGAUCAACCCGGCGGCGCGGGCGUGAAUGCUGCGGACAACGACAUGAGCAGCGGUUCGUUCCGUCAAUACAAUCUUCCAUCGGGCUUCAACCAUCUCAUGAACAAGAUGACUAACGUGACCAUCGACAACGAGACCCAGCAUACGUUGCAGUCGGUGCAGAACAACAUGGCGUGGUGGUCAAGCAUCAUCAACAACCUCGAGCUCAUGUUUUCCUGGGAAGACACGUUUUACACGGCGCGCAUACUGCUCUACCUCAUCGUGAGCUGUGUGCUGCACAUUGUGAUCCCGAACAAGUACCUGCUGCUCGUGUUCGUCGUGUAUCUCUUCAUCCAGUGGACAGUGCCAUUCGUGUGGCUCACGCACGUGGUCGCCGCAUUUCGUCAGUCCGUCCGCUCCCUCCUUCACCAAUAUCGACUCCAAAGCUCGAGGACACAAGCCGACUCGACCGCAAGACUGCCAGUAGUGGGACUGGGCGCUGGUCUCGGUCACCCAGAUUCGUCGCGGGCCAUGCGUCGCACAGUCUCUAACAUGAGCGCUCGUGCACGCGCUCGCGUGUCGAAAAAGGAGGAAGCGUUUGGGGCGGCUGCGUCCGCCAUCUCUGAGCGGUUUGUUGUGUCGGGAGAGCCCAGUUAUCGGAGGAAACCGUGA